UUGAGGCAUCGCCUGUCUGCCCCCAUUGGCCCAAGCCCAACACCCUCUUUGUGGAAUCCUACAAUUCUUGCCUCCCACACCCCAGCCUCCUCUGCUUCUUCUUCUACCUUCCUCCCCUACAAAUCUACAAUACAAGGGAAAGGAGAAGUGAAGUGGAGCCAACACUCCCCUGCCUCCGUUCUUGCCAUGCAAGUGUUCGUUCCUUGCAGGCGCGUGUUCGGCGGCCGCUCGGCAAGCGAGUGCUGGUGAGAGCGAAUGGGGGCUCACGCAGCAAUGCCGUCGUCCGGCGGGGCCAUCUCGCGGCAGGGCUCGCUGUGCAGCCUCACGCUGAGCGACGUCGAGGGCCAGCUGCACGGCCUCCGCGCGGCGGCAGGCUCCAGGAGGACGGUGGACGAGGUGUGGCGGGACAUCCAGGGCGCCGCCAGCUGCGCGCGGCCGCAGCCGGCGCAGAUGACGCUGGAGGACUUCCUGUCCAGGUCCGGCGGCGGCAGCGCGGCCGACGCGGGGGGCGGCGGCGGCGGAGGAGGCUGGGCCACCGAGCAGCAGUACAACCCCCCGCCGCCGGUGCCGGAGCAGCAGCAGCGCCACAGCAUCGGCCGCCCCCUGCCGCGGCCCCUGGGCGUGGGCGCCGGCCCGGUGCUGCUGGACGCACUGUACCACGACCACCACGACGUGGCCGCCGCCAUGUCUGGCCGGAAGCGUGCUGCUGCUGCCGUGGGUGGCCCGGUGGAGAAGACGGUGGAGCGGCGCAAGAAGCGCAUGAUCAAGAACCGGGAGUCGGCGGCGAGGUCGCGCGCCAGGAAGCAGGCCUACACGAACGAGCUGGAGAACAAGAUCUCGCUGCUGGAGGAGGAGAACGAGCGGCUUAGGAAUCACAAGGCAUUUGAAUCGGAAGUGCAGUAUGUGCCGCAGCAGGAGCCAACGAACCAGCUCCGGCGGAGGAACUCGGCCAGCUUCUGAUCAAGUUAAUAGUAGUGACCAGCAUUAUGUUGGUUCAAGUUGUAACUGACUUCCCAACAAUAUUUAGCUAGUACUAAGAACUCUGCUGUCUCCAACUUGCUGUGUAGCAAUUGCUGGUUGCUGCACUCGUGCCUUUUCUCCAACUAGUGCAUUGCUUUCUGCAGCCUGUGAUUGCAAGAGUAAGCUGUAAUGUUGUGUCGUUCUCUCAAAUGAAAACAUAAUUGCUAGCCUA